CUCCCAUAUGCCACGAAGCUGUUUUAGAUGGCCAACAAAAUAACAAAAUGUUAUUCCUGAAAGAUGCACAUUUGGGACAUUGCUUGUAAAAUUUGAAUAGAAAUUGGAACUGAUCAUUUGUAAGUAUAACACACAUUCAUUUAUUAAUUGGGUUCAAUAAUUGUUUCCAAUACCGGAAAAAUAGUACGUUGAAUGCCUUUUAAUUUUAACCCCGCGAUACGGUAUGGUCGUGCAGCUGCGAGAUGGACUGUUUUGGUAAUGCUAUGUUCGUGUGUUGCAGAAUUUGUCUCAAAUAAUGUACAAUUACUUACAGUAGUUAUUUCAUAUCGAUUUGACAGUUUGAUUCGGCUGACCUGGGGCUUGAGUCGUAACUAACUGGCUAGCCGCUGCCACAGCUGAGGCCAAGGUAUGGUUUUCGAGACAUUAUUCCACUUCAACUGUUAGCCUAGCUUGAUAGCUAGCUAACUAACCCGAUUUUACUAAUUUGGAGACAGCAGUCAGCAGAUAACCCUAACUAGUUAAGAUAUUCUAAACUAGCUGCAAUUUAAUUUAGCACGGUCUCGCUCAAAAUAACCAAACUACCGAGCUAACAACACUUUAAAAAACAACAACAUAGCUAGCAGGCGUUCCAAAUAACGUGUGUUAUACUGUUUACAUUUGUUCCUCGAGUACAGAUGAUCGAGGUGGUAGCCUCAAUGGCCCGAGGCCCGGUGUUCCUGGCCGGGGAGGUGAUGGAGUGUCUCAUCACCUUCACCAACCCCAUGUCCCAUCUCUCCACCUCUGCCAGCAGGUCUGUUCUCUUUCUUUCUCUCACUCACACAUCACCCAUUCUUCAGUAGCGCUCAAUUGUGAUUAUUUGCAUCUAAGUAUUAGUUAGUUAUGCUGUAUGGAAGGUUACAUGGGGUAAAACGUCUCAAAACAUGACUUAAACCUCUCCCUGUGUAUGUGUGUGUGUCAGUGAGAUGCUGGCGUGGGCCAGUGCCCAGAUCCACUGCCAGUUCCAUGCCAGUGAGAGCAGAGUGGCGCUGCCAGCCCAGGGCACCAAGCAGGAUGUCCAGGCAGAGAGCGACACGGUCCUCAUCCCCAGCAGAGGUGAGUGGAUGGACAGAAUAAAGAAAGAAAGAAUGAAUGCACACACACGCAUGUUGAGGGAGGUGGGAGAGAAAAUGUCAUGGAUGGACAAGUGUCAGAAUGCAACUAUAAUAUUUUCAUUUUAGAUAUGUACUUACUGACUCUUCUACCUGUCUGUACAGGAUGCACUGUACAGACAGGUAGAAGAUGACUACAUUUAGCUUACUUUUCACAUGAAGUGCAUGGAGUAGAUUAGUUGUUUAUUUUGGGGGGGAAAGUCUGUGAUAGAAAAUGACCUCUAUUCUUCCCCUCUCCCCCUUGUCUUCACCAGGAGAGGGAGGGCAGUGCAUGUUGGACACGCCUCCCAAGAUACUAUUCUGUGACCUGCGUCUGGACCCCGGAGAGAGCAGAACCUGUAAGAUCACCACAACCGGACUCAGAGCAUAGACAUAAUCCCAGUUCAGAGGGGAUUCACUCAAUCAUUGCUCUUCUUUCUCUCUCUUUCUCCAUUCCCCCCCCCCUCUCUCUCUCUCUCUUUUUUUUAUUAUUUUUUAUUUUUUUAAUGUGCCAUUUAGCAGGCGCAUUUAUCCAAUGCGACUUACAGUCAAGCGUGCAUACAUUUUUUAAAAGUAUGUGUGGUCCCAGGAAUGGAACCCACUUUCCUGGCAUUGCAAGAGUCAUGCUUUACCAUUUGAGCUACAGUCUCUCUUGCUCUCUCUCACUUCUUUCUCCUCCCUCAGACUCGUACAGUGAGGUGGUUCCCAAUGACGGCCCUCCUAGUUUUCGAGGCCAGUCAGUGAAGUAUGUUUAUAAGCUGACCAUCGGCUGCCAGAGGGUCAACUCCCCAAUCAAACUACUGAGGGUCCCCUUCAGAGUCCUCGUCCUGCAUGGUGAGCCGUCCUCCUGACCCUUUCACUCAGUUUAAUCUAACAGAAGUACACCUCACAUCAGAGUUGUGUUCAGAAAUGUUUUUUGUUUUUUUUACAUCAGCUACUACCUGAAUUUGUGCAAUAACAACACUUCCGUUGCAAAAUGUUUUGGCACUAUAUGCCCUACUGAACACAACCUAUAGUGCUUUCAGCAAGUGUUCAUACCCUUUGACUUAUUCCACAUUUUGUGUUAAAGCCUGAAUAAAAAAUGGAUAAAAAAGUAUUAUUAUCACCCGUCUACGCACAAUACCCGAUAAUUACAAAGUGAAAACAUGUUUUUAGACAUUUGAUGAAAUACAGAAACAUCUAAUUUACAUAAAUAUUCACACCCCUGAGUCAAUACUUUGUAGAAGCACCUUUGGUGGUGAUUUCAGCUGUGACUCUUUUUGGGUAAGUCUCUAAGAGCUUUGCACACCUGGAUUGUACAAUAUUUGCCCAUUUUAUUCUUAAAAAAUUAUUAAAGCUCUGUCAAGUUGAUCAUUCCUAGACAGCCAUUUUCAAGUCUUGCCAUAGAUUUUCAAGCUGAUUUAAGUCCAAACUCUAACUAGUUCACUCAGCAACAUUCAAUAUCUUCUUGGUAAGCAACUCCAUUCGGAAAGUAUUCAGACCCCUUGACCUUUUACACAUUUUGUUACGUUACAUCCUUCUUCUAAAAUGUAUUCAAUCAAUUUCUUCCCUCAUAAAUUGUUAUGAUGAGUUUCUGGUAUCAAGUACUUCAGGAUGCAAGAGAAUAUGGGACACAGAUGGAGAUUUGAUUCAGUUAUUAUUUAAUGGUAACAGUACUGGAUUCAAUGACAGGCGGUACGGACGUAGCCUCUUGCCACAUUAAUGACUUCCAUAGAAAAUCUCUCACUUUAUAUAAUGCUCUCUGAGCUGCUUCUUCCAACAUCUGCCAACCAUCAUUGAGUGUCACUCAUCUACCACAAUAGCAUCCACAUACUUGGUAUUGUGUGUCACCCUAGCCAGGCCAUUCCAUCACAUACGAGAUUAGCCCAAGUGGCCCCCAAUCUACGCAGACCUUCUGUCCCUCACCAGUGACCUCUAUUAUACAUGGUGUGUCCUUGUCCUCUCUCCCACAUGCAGCUUAGGAGUUUACAAACAUUAAGAAUCUUGUAUCAAAAGUCAUUAUAACAUACAUCUACACACAAUACCCCAUAAUGAGAAAGCGAAAACUGGUCUUUAGAAAUUUUUGCAAAACAGAAAUACCUUAUUUGCGUAAGUAUUCAGACCCUUUGCUAUGAAACUCAAAAUUGAGCUCAGGUCCAUCCUGUUUCCAUUUAUCAUCCUUGAGAUGUUUCUACAACUUGAUUGGAGUCCAACUGUGGUAUAUUCAGUUGAUUGGACAUUAUUUGGAAAGGCACACACCUGUCUAUAUAAGGUCCCACAGUUGACAGUGCAUGUCAGAGCAAAAACCAAGACAUGAGGUCGAAGGAAUUGUUCGUAGAGCUCCGAGACAGGAUUGUGUCGAUGCACAGAUCUGGGGAAGGGUACCAAAACAUUUCAGCAGCAUUAAAGGUCCCCAAGAACACAGUGGCCUCCAUCAUUCUUAAAUGGAAGAAGUUUGGAACCAUCAAGACUCUUCCUAGAGCUGGCCGCCCAGCCAAACUGAGCCUUCGGGGGAGAAGGGCCUUGGUCAGGGAGGUGAACAAGGCCCUUCUCGAUGGUCACUCUGACAGAGCUCCAGAGUUCCUGUGUGGAGAUGGGAGAACCUUCCAGAAGGACAACCAUCUCUGCAGCACUCCACCAAUCAGGCCUUUAUGGUAGAGUGGCCAGACGGAAGCCACUCCUCAGUAAAAGGCACAUGACAGCCCGCUUGGAGUUUGCCAAAAGGCACUUAAAGGACUCUCAGACCAUGAGAAACAAGAUUCAACACUUUGGCCUGAAUGCCAAGCAUCACGUCUGGAGGAAACCUGGCACCAUCCCUACGGUGAAGCAUGGUGGUGGCAGCAUCAUGCUGUGGGGAUGUUUUUCAGCGGCAGGGACUGGGAGACUAGUCAGGAUCAAAGGAAAGAUGAACGGAGCAAAGUACCGAGAGAUCCUUGGUGAAAACCUGCUCAGGACCUCAGACUGGGGCGAAGGUUCACCUUCCAACAGGACAACGACCCUAAGCACACAGCCAAGACAACGCAGGAGUGGCAUCGGGACAAGUCUCUGAAUGUCCUUGAGUGGCCCAGCCAGAGCUCAGACUUGAACCUCUCUUGAACAUCUCUGGAGAGACCUGAAAAUAGCUGUGCAGCAACGCUCCCCAUCCAACCUGACAGAGCUUGAGAGGAUCUGCAGAGAAGAAUGGGAGAAAUUCCCCAAAUACAGGUGUGCCAAGCUUGUAGUGUCAUACCCAAUAAGACUCGAGGCUGUAAUCGCUGCCAAAGGUGCUUCAACAAAGUACUGAGUGAAGGGUCUGAAUACUUAUGUAAAUGUCAUUUUUCCGUUUUUUUAUUUUUAAAACAUUUGCAAACAUUUCUAAAAACCUGUUUAUUUUCUUUGUCAUUAUGGGGUAUUGUGUGUAGAUUGAGGGGAAACUAAUGUAACAAAAUGUGUCAAAAGUCAAGGGGUCUGAAUACUUUCCAAAUGCACUGUAGAUGAUAAAGACCUGUCCUGCUGAAUGGUGAAUUAGUCUCCCAGUGUCUGUUGGAAAGCAGACUGAACCAGGUUUUCCUCUAGGAUUUUGGCUUUGUUUAUAGCUGUAUUCCGUUUCUUUUUAUAUAAACUUCCUAGUCCUUGCCGAUGACAAACAUACCCAUAACAUGAUGCAGCCACCACCAUGCUUGAAAAUAUGAAGAGUGGUACUCAGUGAUGUAUUGUUUGGUUUGCCCCAAACAUAACGCUUUGUAUUCAGGUCAAAAAGUUCAUUUCUUUCUAACAUUUUUUGCAGUAUUACUUAAGUGCCUUGUUACAAACAGGAUGCAUGUUUUGUAAUAUUUUUAUUCUGUACAGUCUUCCUCCUUUUCACUGUCAUUUAGGUUAAUAUUGUGGAGUAACAACAAUGUUGUUGAUCCAUCCUCAGUUUUCUCAUAUCGCAACCAUUAAACUUUGUAACUGUUUUAAAAUCACCAUUGGCCGGGUCUCCCGAGUGGCGCAGCGGUCUAAGGCACUGCAUCGCAGUGCUAGAGGCGUCACUAUAGACCCGGGUUCGAUCCCGGGCUGUGUUUCAGCCGGCCGUGACCGGGAGACCCAUGAGGCGGCGCACAAUUGGCCCAGUGUCGUCCGGGUUAGGGGAGGGUUUGGCCGGCCGGGAUGUCCUUGUCCCAUCGCGCUCUAGCGACUCCUUGUGGUGGGCCAGGUGCAUGCACACUGACUCGUGUUGCCAGUUGUACGGUGUUUCCUCCGACACAUUGGUGCAGCUGGCUUCCGGGUUAAGCGAGCAGUGUGUCAAGAAGCAGUGCGGCUUGACAGGGUCGUGUUUCGGAGGACGCAUGGCUCUCGACCUUCGCCGCUCCCGAGUCCGUACAGGAGUUGCAGCGAUGGGAAAAGACUAUAACUACCAAUUGGGGAGAAAAAGGGCACAAAAAAAUUAUAAUCAAAUUCACCAUUGGCCUCAUGAUGAAAUCCCUUAGCAGUUUCCUUACUCUCCAGCAACUAUGUUAGGAAGGGCUCCUCUAUCUUUGUAGUGACUGGGGAUAUUGUUACACCAUACAAAGUGUAAUUAAUAACUUCACCAUGCUCAAAGGCAAUGUUCCCUCUAAUUUUUUUCGGCACUGAGCAAAUUUCAGGUCUGCUGAGCGCAAGCUUGAACGUUGUGAAAAUUCGGUGCAACUUCCAGUGUGUGUGUGAACACUGAGGCUGUACCCGCUUUAAGUUACAGUUUCAGAAAGUGGUCAAGUAGGUUACUGUGGCCUACCAUCAAAAACAAUGGAGAAAAUGCAUCCCAGAACAUGGAAAUGGCUGUUCUAUCGUUUGUGUGGCGUUCAAUGUAGGCCUACAUUGCAUGAGACUUUUGAAAAAAACAUGCCGGGCUUGACAUUAACCUGUUUAUCCACUUGGACUUCAGACAAGGAAGUGACUGAAAAUGAUUUUACAUGGUAAAUGCAUUAUUAUUCCCAUGCCAUUAUUACAGAGAAUGAGACAAAUGAUGAUACCCUCUGCCUAUUGGCUACUUAGCUUAUUCAAGCCUGUCUCAAAAUACAACAUUGCCCCUUUUAAGACAAAAAAAAGCUCUUUACCCGACUUGCUUUUCAAAGAUGUCUGGAACACGUUUUGUGCUCUUGUAAGAAGCCAUCACUCCCCCAUUGCUGACACUACAAAUUAUCUAUAACUGGGCUAAUAACUCACUAACUAGCGAAGGAUAUGAACAAAUGUGCACACGUGGCUACAUGCAGCUCUCGCUUUGAUCUCAAAACAAGCUCAUCUACUCACGACCGCUCAUGCUGUAAACACAGUCCAGUUCAAAGUGAAUGGCACGGAUGCAUUUAUGGCAAUGGUCUAUUUGCAUAUAGGCCUACUACAUAGCUGAUUGGUUAUGGUGCACCAGUCUGUGUAGAGUACGGGCCUGAGUCCUGCCUGUCAAUGCAAUAGAAUCCUACUCCGAUGCGUUCUGCCUAUAACAGAAUCUCUUGCAUAGUUAGUAAGUUUUGCAUACUAAGUCUUGCAUAGUUCGUUUUGUAUGUUGCAUUGAUAGUGGCUAAUAUUGCAUUUAUUCGAUCACAAUUCCCACAGUAAAGGGAAACGUUGAUAGUGUUAACUCAACAUGGGGGAAACUCUAGAAAGUUGAGUGAAGUUCAAUCUAGUGCUUCUCUACACCAACUUAGAAGGAGCAUUGCUUACAGGGAUAUUCAGCAUAGUUUUUUUUUUUUUUUUUUUAAACCCAUCUACCAAUAGGUGCCUUCUUUGCGAGGGAUUGAAAAACUUCCCUGGUCUUUGUGGUUGAAUCUAUGCUUGAAAUUCACUACUCUAUUGCGGGACCUUACAGAUAAUUGUAUGUGUGGGGUACAGAGAUGAGGUAGUCAUUCAAAAAUCAUGUUAACCACUAUUACUGAACACAGUCCAUGCAACUGAUUGUGACUUGUUAGUUCUGAACUUAUUUAGGCAUGCCAUAACAAAGGCGGUAAAUACUUAUUGACUCAAGACAUUUCAGGUUUAUAUAUUUUUUAUUCUACAAACAAUUCCACUUUGACAUUAUGGGGUAUUGUGUGUAGAUCAGUGACACACAAUCUAAAUGUAAUCCAUUUAAAAUUCAGGCUGUAACACAACAUGUAGAACAAGUAAAGGGGUGUACUUUAUGUAUGAAAUACCUGUUGCGGAGAUGUUUUUCUCCUAUAAAAUGACAAUGGUCAAAAUGAGUGACACUAUGUCCCCGCCGUAGGCAUGCCGGAGCCCCCGUUUCCCCAGGACGAGGAGGUGGCCCCCUCUAACCCCUUCCUGGAGGAGGAGGAGGGGGGCCGGAGAGACGAUCGCCCCCUGGAGAGAGCCCUGGACAUGCUGAUGAUCACCUCACGCCGCUGUCCCCGUGAGUGGUUCUCCUAGGCUAAUUCUGAAAUGACACCCUAUUCCCUUUAUAGUGCACAACUUUUGACAAGUGCUAUGUGGCAGCUCUUAUGAGCCUUCUUCUGUAAUGUUGUUUGUGUUGCACAUCAUCUAGAUGAUGUACUGAGGGUUUUUUGCAGACUCAGAUCCAUUGAUCUCUAAUCUCACUGUUUGUGUGUUUCUGAUUUUUUAUUAUAAUCCCCAUGGCGACUGCUAGUCUUACUGGGGUCCGACACAUAACAAAAAAUAGACAAAAUACUUUACUAUUUACAAACAUUUAAAAACAUGAAUGUGUGUGUUUAGCAGCAGUGUGGAAUGCAUAUGACCAUUCAUUCACCAAUGUCUCCGACAGAUCUGUUCAACAUCACCAACACGCGGGGGAAGGUGGCCAAGUUCUGCAUCUUCAAGACCGUCUACAGACUAGGGGAGGACAUCAUCGGCACCUUCAACUUCUCAGAGGGGGAUAUUCCCUGUAUACAGGUAUGUGUGCAUGUCUGUGUGUCAGGGCCUGUCAAAUGUUUUACAUGAAUGAGGAUAUUAAAAGUGUGUGUGUCAGUACUCGGUCAGCCUGCAGAGUGAAGAGGAGAUCCAGCAGGGGUACCAGCGGCGUCCCGGUCAGUCGAUCAGUGUGAUGGGUCACGGUCGUCACCUAGAGUCCUGCCUCCACACAGCCUCCACCCACUUCUCCCUCCCCGUCCCCCUCAAUGUCACCCCCGGCUUCAGCACAGACAUCAGUACGUAGCCAAAUCAAUCACAUUUAUUUCAUUAAGCCCUUUUUACAUCACAAGUGGCACAAAGUGCUAUACAGAUACCCAGCCUAAAAUCCCAAAGAGCUAGCAAUGCAGGCAGAAGCACAGUGACGCUACCACUGUAUCAUCAAAGGUAUUAUCUAAGUGAGUUUCAGAGAUGGUCAGAAUAUGAAUGUCAUCUGUUACUAGCAAAUUAUUGAUUUCAUGAACCUUGUUUCUUAAGCUACGUAUGUUAACGUGGGCUAUUUUGAGCACUUUUCUUCUGGGAUGCUUACUUGUUUUUAUUGCUUUACUGGGAAGCUUAGCAGAUGUAGAUGUGCUCAUGUUCUUUAUGUUAGUGCAGGGUGAGCUGCACACAGUGGACUUCCUCCUCGGGCUCACCGGCUCGGUGCUAACAGUAUAAAUCUGGUUCUUAGGCACAUGAUUGCUGCAUACAAUAGCUGUAGGAUCAGAGGCAUUCAGGGCAGUUAGAGGGACAUAAAUUAGGUUACUUAUAUUGUGUCUACCGACACCCCUGGUGUAAUGUACAUUUGCUGAAGCAUUUUGACAACUCUGUGUCACAAUGGUAGGAAUGAGCUGAGCUGGGCUUGGGUCAUUGCUAAGUCAUUGUCUCAACGCAGCCUUAAUGCUGUGAAAGGAUCCAGGAACCCAAAUGAUUUGGGUGGAUCCCAUCCUCCUUAUAAAACGUGUUUUGUUUCCAAAAGGUAUCGAAAUUGUCAACAAAAGUUACACCCAUUGAGCUGCAAUAAUCACAUAGCCAGUUGUGAAGAGCAAGAAUCCUGCUAAAGCUUUCAAUGCCACGAUUCAGAGAGGGCACAGGGCCAGAUAUGAUGAGUUGUAUUUAACCCUCUGUCUACUCCUAGACAGCUUCAUGACAUUCUCAACUCUGUCAUUCUUCAGUGACCCUGCGAUGGCGCCUGCACUUUGAGUUCGUCACAUCCCGAGAGCCCAUGGAAUCGCACAACGUGAUGCAUAACCAAUCAGAGGUCACCGUGUGGAUGGGGGCAGAGCAUGUUGAUGUGGAUACCUUCAGUUGGGACCUGCCAAUCAAAGUGCUCCCCACCAAUCCCGCCCUGACGUCUUACGUCUCCCAGUUUACAGGGACCAACAGCAUCAACAUUUAAGCGUGUGUGUGUGUGGUGUGUGUGUGUGUGAGGAAGGAAGGAGAUAUGAACAAUGUAUUCCAGAUAUAAAGCAGGCAACUUUUUUUGCCAUUUUAUUUUAAUAUUUUAACAUUUUGCAGUGCAUCCUAUAAUUUUUCCUUGAACCCUCACCUUCCUGUUUUUCUAGCUGAAACAUGA